AUCCAGCUGCACAGUUACUACAGAAAGGGUUUGUUUGAUGCAUAAAGAUGAUAUUCACAGGCCAGUGAUCAGGGGUAAAGUAGAAUGUGAAAACCAACUAAAGCUCAUAGCAGCUCAUAGUCUACAUUUUGUUUAAUUUUAGAAGUAACAUUAUAUUACUAUGAGGUAUAUUGUCCACUAUGUUUCUUUAUUACAGGAAAAAAAAUAUAAUUGCUUAAGAUAUUCGGCAGUACUCCACCUGAGAUUCAGUAACAAUUUUAUAUAAAUAGUUACUGUUGGAAAUAUUUGUAUUUGGGCAUAUAUCGUUGUGGUUCUGGGAUUUUAAACAAUAAUGGAUUAUAACAUUCGACGUGCUUCCUGCACUUUCACUUUAAAUCGAAAUUGCAGGUGAAAGGUUGUUGGUGAAAGGUGAAAGUUGGGGCACACAUUCGUCCAGGAAGUUUCAGAAAGAGCAAGUUGCCCAGUGGCGAUUACCUGCACAAGGAGCUGUGCGUUCCUGGGAGUUGUUGGAGAAGCCUCGCUGGAAAUUGUCUAAAAACAGGUAAUCGAAAGCUGUCUUUUUUUUUGGUUGGAUGUAGAGAGGGGCGGAGUCAGGACCUGUUGACUGGAGAUUUACCUGAAGGAAGGGAACAGGCACAAACUCCUGGCGCAUAUAGACCACUAUGGUGAUAAUGACCGAUGGACUUACUCUGGACGGUGAUCGUUUACCAACCGGCCACUCUCCAGAAUGAACGCUUUACGGGGAUGAAUUACCUGCUUCGAGACCGGAGUAACUGAUCUGACAGAAAAGCUGGAAAUUAAACACCUUAACCUGUGAGAGGCUGCAAAUGAUCGGGGUACUGUAUAAUAGGAAGCAUAUCCACUCCAAACUGUAACUGAUUACAGCAGAACGAACGUCCGAGGCUCAAGAACAAAGAGACUGACAUUUAAUUCUGAUGAUAAACCUCAAUUGCCCCGUGGAACUGGAGUGAGUACUGUACAUUUAAGUCUGUACCUGACACGUAUAAAUUACAUCCCUGAGUGAGACCGUUCUUUUGCUGCACAUCAGGGUUGGAUAGAACUGGCUGUUUGAUAGUUAACUUCACAUAAGAUAUUAACCCUAUACUGAGACUUGCAGCCAUACAGCUAUUUUGUGAUUGUUAAAUCUGCGAUAGAUUUGACCCUAGGGGCAGCAUUGGACUACUGAAGAGACGUCGAACAGCUUCAGUCAACAACCUGGGAGUUUGAUUUCAUCCAGUGUUUCUUCUGGGAAACUUCUAGACUCAGAAAAUCAGCUUUCUUGAACUGCACUGUGAGAGACUUUAAACAAACAACGGCAGUAUUGAAAGAAGCAAAGCAGAGAUAGACAUUCAAGGAAACGUGCUGUAUUGCCACUGGUUGACCUGAGAGGAUAACGUUUGGUCAUUCGACAGUGAAAUCCUGCGCUUUACAAUAUCAAGCACCUUUGGCUACCAAAGCAACGAAUAAUAGUUUCAGAUCUCCAGCAUCCACAACUCAUUAUGUUUAAAUAAUAGUUGAACCAUGCGUCCAGGACUGUUUUAUUCUGAGCUCCUGAGGAACGCCUGAGGACCCUGUAUGUGAAAGAUUACACUGAAAUCCUUCCAUGUUAUAAUUGAAAUUUAGAAUAUCUACAGCAAAUUGAAGACUUUACCUGAGUGUAAAGUAUGAAAUUCCUGAGAUUUAUGCCUUGGUAAAUCUAUCAUGUAAAAAAUACCAGCUUACGUGUCUUAACUAUGUGCAUCUAGGCAGCAUUGAAGGUUUCUGGUGUAGGAUUAAUCUUUGUACAGGAUUCUUGGAGUUUUUUUUGCAUAUUUAAUAACUUAUAUUGAGCUUGAUUCCUUUUUUUUCUUAUGGCUGUUGGUGGGACAAUUUUACCAAAUGCCUGAGCUUUCUGAGAUCAUGUCUGGCAAUUUCCCAGCAAGUCGUUCCCGGAUCCAGCAGAGUAUCCUCGAGGAUCAGGUGGAAUUAUGGUGGUUCCAAGAUCUUAAAAGAUCGAUCCUGUGCUAUUCUGUGGCUGUGAUCUUGAUCCUAGGAACUGGGUUGGGAGGAAUUGUUCUAUUAUCUACAGCUACCAGUAAAUCGAGUGAAUGGAGGCUGGGAGUGGGAACUGUCCUGUGUCUUUUAGCUCUCUGCAUUCUUUUAAAACAACUGAUGAGCUCUGCCAUCCAGGACAUGAAUUGCAUGAGGAGCCGAUCCCAGAUUGACAAGUUAAGGAGUGGAGGCUUAAUUGAUUAUUUGAUUAUUUUAGUUGCUGGAUUAAUAAUACUAAUCUGUGGCCAUGCAUUGAUAAUCCUGGCACAUUCUGAUCCUUAUCCUUCGGGUAGAUCCUGGAGUGACAUGUUAAUUGCAGGUGUUGCCAUUACAUUAGCUGGAUACAUUAUCCUCCUCUCACUCCUGGUCUACAGUUUAAUCUUCAAAUUCUGCCCCCAUAUAGCAUCCAGCUCCUCGAACAGAGGGGUCCCAAGUGUUUACAUGAUAUCAUCAGGCAAUGUAGAGGGGAGGCCAAGGGAAUUUUCCUCCAGUACAGCCAACCUAAUAUAAAACCCGAACUGACUGACUUCAGCAGGAGUCCCUCUUACUUUGAGAUGACUAAUCAGGCUGGGCUUGUUUGGUGCACAGUUUAUGGUGAAAACAGAAGAAACUCACAGGUUAACUGCACAAAACAGUCCUUAACAAUAGUAAUUAAUGCAGGCCAGUAUAGAUUGUGAUUCAUUGGAGUCUAAUUUGUAACACAGAUUUAUAAAUCUUCACAUUUAGCAAUUAUUAUUAGCUGAACAGGUAAAAUUAGAAUUAAAUUAACGUGAAAGCUGAGUUGUGAAGGUUUUGAUAUCUGCAGAUGUACGUAUUAACUCGUUGGUGAAUGAAUAGCUAUUGCACAUUAUUGUUACCUCACAACUGUAGCUGUCAUGAGUGGUACUCACACAUUGCAAAAGCACUUUACAGAGUGAAUCAAGACUAAUGGAAACACAAGUACAUUUUUCUAUAACUGUCAGUAACAUCAGUCAUGAUUUUACUGUUGAUAAUAAAUGCAAUUGUUAAAUAUUUAAGAGUGGAAUGAGUCUGUCUCUUCUUCUAGUAACUUGUGAAUUUCUGACAUCUAAUCUGCUUGACCUGGUAUAACCACAUUCACUUUAUG